UUUCUCAAUUAAUAUAUAAGGGAUAUAAUCUUUCAGUAAAAAAAGCAGAUAAAUAUAUAUACUAGAGAAAUUUUCUAGGAUUGAUUUUUUAAGUUUAUUUUCAGAAAAAUAGUCAUCGAAAAGGAAAAUAACCAAAAUAAGUUUUAUUAAAGGGUAAAUGCAUUCAUACCCUAGAGUUACCUAAUUUAUACUUAGGAUUUAAAGUUAAGGGGUGAGGUUUUGAGAGUGAGGUUUCAAAUUAAAAAAAACAUAAAAAAUAAAUAUUAAAAACUUCAAAAUAAAAAUAAACUAUUUUGCUCAUUUUAUUUUUUGAGAACUAUUUUUAUGACAAAAACUUAAAAAGACUAUUUAAAAGAAUUACCCUAUAUAUAUUAUGUAUGUACUAGUCUACUUUAGGGGUGGACAUUUUACCCGAACCGCUCUGACCCGAAAUAAAUAUAUAUGAAAUAUAUAACUGCCACACUGUAUGUCGAUUAUUAAAAGUCCGCAAAAAAAAAAAAAAACAUAUUCCCCCUACAUAUAAAACCAAAAUUGCAUGUACUCUGCAUCUACACACAUGUGAUAUGUCAAAUUGAGACAUUAUUAUCUUCUGGUAAAGCCAGUGUUCUGACAAUUCCAAAACAAUAUAAUACAUCUGAAAUAAUUCUUAUAUUGCAUCUGACUGAUAUACCAAAUACAUAUAAUAGUUGUUAUUGAUUUAGUGUCAUCUACGUGCCACGGUCCAUAUUUAAACUCAUCAGUCAUCACCCAUAUUUAAACCUGCAUGAUCAUGCAAGUUGUUGGAAAACAAAAUUUUACUUGGCUAAUAAACAUCAGAAUUCUCUACCUAACCAAUUAUUAUUAACAUGGUGGUGGAGGACUAUAUGUAUGAAACUGCAAAUAUGCAUGUUACAAGAUUCUCAAAGGAAAAAGGUAAAUAUAAUUAGCUCUUGAAAAAACUUUGAGCUCAUUAUUUACAUCCAACCAUAUAUAAAUCAUGCAAAUUUAUUAAUAUUCACUAUUUAAAAUAUUUUAAAUGAUAAUAAGUUUAUAAUUAUCUUUCAAAAUACUAAUAUAAUAACAGUAAACUUAUAAUAAAAUAAAAUUUGCAUCCUAAUAGCAUUAAUCUAUAUAUUAUUUUAGCUAACAUGUUUCAAUGAAAAGUAUAAUAUAUAUAUAGAUUUUUUUUCAAAACCAUAAUUGUAUAAUAGGAUUAUGUAAUCUAAGUAUUUUUUUCUUAUUAUGUUAUUUUAUAUAUUCGAUUCUGUAUCUGGGAUCCUAAUUUUUUUUAAACUACUAAUUAAUGAUUGACUGACAAAUAAAAUUAUAGUGUAUUUAAUUGAUUUAAUAUGUGAUAGUUAUAUUUGUAAGGAUAUAUUCAAAAUAUUAAUAAUAUAUGCUUUUGAUGGCACAAUAAUAAUAAGUACAUGAAUCUACUCUAUUUAUACUCCUAAUUAUUUUCUAUAAAAUUCAUAUUAAAACAUUUGAUAUGGUUUCAUAUAAAUAAGUAAUUAGGUAUAGGCUUAUAAAUACAAAACGCUUAGAGAUCAUAAUUAUUUAGUUCAGAAAUUCAUAAAAUAACACUAAAGAGUAUUUCUCUUCACUUAGUUUCUCUUUUUAUCUAAAUUUAAUCUUCUUUUAGUAGAUCUAACAAGAUAUAUAUAAUACUAGAGUAGCAUAAAAUAGAAAAUAGUGAAGCUAUUUGUAAGAUAUUAAAAUCUGUAAAAUAAACAAAUUAUGUUUUGAAAUAUUUGAAUUAAAUCCUAUUUUAUAAUUCACUAUUUUUUUUGGACAACUAGAAUUCACUAUUUAAAAUCUCAAAAUACGAGGAUUAGCAAAUUGUUUGGAGAUGUUAUUACUCCAGAAACAUAUCAAUUAUAUAUAUAGGGGUGUGUAUAAGUAUUUAUUUUUAAAAAUGAUAUAUAAUGUAUUUUUGUUUCUCAGCCCUUAGGGAAUCUUUACUAAAUGAUAAAAGCUACUUUGCAACGUUUGCCCAUCACAAGAGAAAGAAAGAAAUACAGAAUAUAUUUUUUUUGUUGAAAUGUAAUUUUAUUUAUCAAGAAGAAAAAAAACAGUUACAAAGGAAAGAACCUUAGUAGUCAUUUUGAUCAGUUUUUGCCAGUAAUGAAACAAUAAUAAUCAGAAUAUGUGUGUUGUACUUAUCAUUUAGCAUUAUCAAACCAUAACAUAGUUAUUAUUAUUUUUUAAAAAGAUGUAUGAUUGGUGGUACAUAUAGGUGAGACGAAAUAUUUCCCCCAUCAAAAUAUUUUUUCUUUAAUUUGUACAACCGAAUUAUAUUUUCAUCGUCCAACGGGUUUGAUGAAAUUUUUCUCUUUUUGGAUGUGUUGUCCCAGUUAACAUUUAUGCACUUAUACUUAAAAGUCUUAGAAUUUAGCAUAUGUAUUAUUAUUGAUGGGUUAGUCUAAAAUCAUGGAAGCUUGUUUGCAAUAGUUGACUUAAAAUCAAAAUAUAAUUGAAAUAGUUUCUACUAGAGUGAUGGUAGAAAAAACCUAUAAAAGGUAAAAAUCAACUAUGUUUUUUGUUAUAGUUUUUUCUCUCUGUGAUCAUCUACAACGAAAAACAUAGUUGAUUUUGUUUUUAGAUUAAUAUUUUUGUAGAUAUCAAAUUUGAGUAUAAAUGAUAUGGCAAAGAAUGGAUGAAUUAUUUGGAAAAGUUGGUAUGAUAUAUUUUGAUUCCAAAUUAUAACUGAGAAUGUUUUCUGAAGAAUGAAUAAUUAAAAUGGAGAAAAAUAAAACUAAAGAUAAACACAUUUUAUUUAAAUCAAAAAGAGUUAGAGAUAACUCAUAAUAUGAUAUAGAUGUAUAGAUGGAGUGGAUAGAUAACUUUUUGUACAAAAUUUUUAACUUGUCUAAAUAAGUUGUUCAGAUUUCUUUUUAGCAAAUUAUCAUUAAGCUUUUUUUACAGUUAUAAUCAUAAUUUGUUUCUAUAUUACUUUUUAUUUUUUUUAUCUUUUCCAUUAUUAACAUUUUAAAAAGCAUAAACCGGAAUUAUUUUAUGUGAGAUGUGUAACAUCAAGUUUGUCCUCAAUUGAAAACUUAAUUAUACGAAGCAAUAAAAUGUUAAAAAAAUUUCAUGUGAGACAAUAUAUGAAUGACCUCCUAGGGUACAAGAUUAUAAAAUGCUUAAAAUGAUGGUAACAGCUUUAAGAACUUUGAGAAUAGGGUUCAUAUUUUACGAUUUAAAGCUAUAAAAAUCAAAACUAUUCAUUAUCAAUGAUGAAGGUAAACACUAAUGUAAACAAAAAACAUGUGCAAGCAUUUAAAAUUUAUGAGUAGAAGCACCGUAGCCUAUUGGUUAAGGUUUAAAGGUUUCUACACCCAGGUCUGGGGUUCAAAUCCCAGAUUAUGCAAUUUAUUGCAGAUUACAGGAAAUCCAGGUUUCAAGUCCCGGAGAGAGCGGUUUAUUAAACAAUUAUGCAGACUACACAGGAAAUGCUUGCAAGGGAUCUUCAACAUGGUGCAAGUAAAUCUGGCCAGACGUGGAUCUUUAUAGGACGGUUCAGGUGAUGCAGUUAGGCGUAGGUCUUCAUAAGGAAGGUAGUAUUGUCGGUUGUCGAAUCGUCUAUGUAAUAUUUCCUAUAUCAUAAUUGUAAGAUCAUAAUAAAUCAGCGUUAAAACAAAAAAAAAAAUUUAUGAAAUUUUCAAAAAUUAAAGUUUAAUAUUUCCAAAGAUUUAUAGUUUGAUUAUAAACUUGUAAUACUGAAAACAUAUUUAUAUUUUUUUCAACAGAUAUAUUUAUAUUUUUAUCAUCUUGACUUUAUAAACUAAUUAUAGUAAUGAUCAAUCGAAUUCAACGACCUACAUGAUGACAGUUUUUUCGAACAACAACUCUACGACAUCUUUUUCGCGACAUAUUUAUAUUAUUGGAGACAGUUCUUGCUAUGACUAAAAAGUAUUUGGUAAAGUUUCGAAAAUGAUAUGAAAGUUUCCAAUAUUAAUCUAUGGUCUUUCCUAGGUUUACCCAAAAACGUGAUUAACAAACAAUAUGCUUCCAUUAGCUAUCUAACGUUGCUAAUACAUAUAUAAGUUUCUGAUAACUCAUCCAUCACCACCGCCUCUGCCUCCUCCAGAACAAGAAGCGUUCAGACGAGAGUUAGUCCCACCGCCACGCUCUCUCUUGUAUCCAACGAAGAAACUCGAGUACACUGGCGAACAUGAUCCAUUCCUCUCCGACAAAGCUUUUUGUAACCUAGCAUCUCGUAUUUGGGCUUGGACUUUUAUUUUCUGCAUGAGUUUUUUGUGGUCUUGUACCACGGGGUCUCUUACCCUACAAGCCUGUCUCGGAUCCGUUACACCACGGCUCCCUCCAAAGACCUCCUCUGACAUUUUCAUCCAUAUUGUACUAUUCAGAGUCAAAUUCACCUAUUUAAUCGGCGAGGAUAAUAGCUUCAACCGCCUCAUCACCAUCUUGCUCACCGAACAAUUUGAUAUCCAGAACACUUGAGAUUCACCUAGUCUCCUGGGUCAACAUCGUCAGUGUUAAAACACAUCUCAUUUGUUUAAUGGGGUACGUACGUAGCCUUAAUUGGCUUUUCAGCCCUCCUGCAAAACCUUUCAGUUGGGUAUAUAUCAACGUCGAUUUCGGCUAUGUUCAGCUCCUUAAAAGACAUAAAUAAAGCUUAUCUAUGGAUUUCUUUACUUUGAGUGCGCCUCUAUCUUUAACAUUUCUAUCUUAUGUUUUAGUGCACUGCUUUUCUUGUUCAAUUUGCCGUCGAAUAUACCCCAGUUAUUAUUGUCUUACUGUCAAGUAUAGCUCCAGUUGUGAUCACUUAAGCCUUUAAUAUAUUCAGUUACAAGAAAAAAGGGGAAAAUUGUUUCUGUACAUCAUAUAUAGUUUUGUGUCACGAAAUGUACAUAUGGGGCGAGCAGUAGUGGUCAAGCGAGUCAAAGGAAAAGCAAUGAGAAAGUAGGCAUUAAAAAAAUAGAAGCCUAUGGGUUUUGUAGGCUCAGUUUGUGUCUGUCUCUUCUAAGUCUUAAACCCUAACUCCCUACUUAUAUCUCUCUCUACCAAUUACAUCUUCCUCCUUUUCUUCCAUACAUGAAAGAAUCAAACAAAUCGUAAAAUGUCAAUGUUAAAAUGACUACCAAAUCUCGAAGUCUUAAACAUUUCUUUUAACUACAUCAUGGUGGUCUAGUGGUUUCCACUAGAGGAGGAGUUGCCUUGUUGGUUUAGGCCAAGGAUAGACUUCUCUCUAGGGCAAAAUUAUUAGUUCUACAUAUGGCUACGCGGAUAUGAAUCAAUUGCUUAUGGCCCAAUUGAAUAUCUAUGAGAGAGUUCAUCUGUGGACUGCACCUUCCAACCAGAGGUUAUGUAUGUAUUUUUAAUACAUCCGGAUUUAAUUUUUUUAUUUACAAAAAAAAAACAUUUUCUUUGAGAGAAGUUUAAAAAAAAAAAACCAUAAGAACUUAAAGACAUACAAUGACAAAGAUGUCGUCGAGAAUUUACCCAAUCAUGAAUCAUCCAUUUUUAAUAGUCACAACUACUUGUUAUAACAAAAAAAAAAGUUUCUUAGCAAGACACUAAAAUUAAAAAAUAAUAACAAAAAUAAGUUAACCAGGCAUGUUUCGCAUUUUGUGCAUGUUCUUGUUUAUACCUUUUCCUCUACCAUCUUAUUUUCAAUGUUCGGACUGAUUUACUUAGUGCAGAUUAUAUUGUACACAUCAGUUUAGCAUAUUAAAUUGGAAAAUGGAUCAAAUAAUAUAUGUAAAUAUACAGCCUAAGACAGGGGAAGCGAACUAAGCGAAGGAUGCCACCAAGUUUUUUUAUAUUUACUUAUUUUUUAUAUAAGUUUUAAUUUUUUUGUAAAAAUACUUCUUUCUAGGCUAGUGUGAUUAUCUUCUUAUAUUUUCACCAAAGAAUCGUACGUGGUUUAAAUAUAUUGAUGGUAUGUUUUUUUAAAUUUAAAAGAAAUAUGAUAUUGAACAAACAGCAAUUCUCAACAUCACAAAAAUGUUCUCCUUUGAACUCCAAUAAGGCGAAUUUCGAAAAUCUUAUUAAUCAAUGCAUGUCUCCAAAUAUCUAAGCAAGAAAAACAAAAAUAUAUACACUGUCCAUCGUUUUAUAAGAUAUAGCUAGAUGCCAAUAUUAUCUUCCAUUAAAGCACAUAAUCGAGAAUAAGAAAGAGAUGGGGUUGCUUUCAAACAACAAAGCAACACCCACGUGAAGGGAUAACCAAAUAGGCCUUAGACUUGGUCCCUUUCGUUUUCUCCUCCCACUUUUCUUCACGUAGCUAUCACAACUUUUUCAUCACCGUUAAUCACUAUCACUCCCACAACCUUCUCCUUAACCUUAUUCCAUCCACACCACACUUAUUAAGCCUUUAAUGUUCAAAAUUUCAAUAGAAGAACUUCUUUACUUUUUGCUUUAAUAAAAGUGUUUGUAGUAUGAGUAGCUACCCAAAUAAGAUAUGUAAGACUAACAAGAGAAGCACGCAAUUUCGACUUCAAAUUGUAAAAGUCAGGAAAUUAAAUUCGUAGUGAGCAUUCAAUUAACGUUGCAACUUAUUUCAACUCUUAUGCAAAGAUUGACCAACCGAAUCAAGUCUUGACUUUGUAAGAGAGAAAAAAAUAAAAUUGAUUGUCUAAGUGCCCGAACUAAGCUAUUAAGCCUAUUUCUUUUGAAGCUUUUAACGUGAACUAACAAUUAGGUAAUAAAUAAUUUGAGAUAUAGUCUAAGGGGUUAUUUAAAACGAUAUGAUUAUUAGUUGCAGAGAAAUAAUUUAUUAGGGUGAGAUUCAUUUUUUCUUAAACAUUUACCAAAAGUAUUCAUUUUUACAAUCGGUUUUUGUCCUUCUUCCUCAACCAAUCGACCUUUAUAGCACAAGCACACACCCACUAAUGAACCAACUGGCUUGAUUGAAGCAGGGGGAAAAACUGUGUAUAGGUUACCUCUCUCUCUCUCUCUCUCUCUCUCUCUUCAAUCUAAUGUUUCCUUCAAUAGACACCAAUGGCUAUGACCUCUUUGAUCCCUUCAAUCUCCAUGAAGCAACCAUGCUUCCUUCUUUCACUACUCAUAUCCUAAGCCCUAGUUCUCACCAUCAUUACCCUUUUCCUUCUUUUCCUUCCUCUUCAGAUUUUCUUGAUGAAUCUGUCUUGAUAAGCCAAUUCUUGUUACAACAGCAAGCUGAUGUUGAUUCUCCGAGAAAAUUACGUAGGGAGCUUGAGCAAGAAAAAAAGAAUGAGGAGUGGGUUGAUGGAACCACCUCAGAAAAGGUUUCACCAAGAAGAACUGGAAAGAAAAGGGACAGGCAUAGUAAGAUCUGCACCGCUCAAGGUCCUAGAGACAGGAGGAUGAGACUGUCUCUCCAGAUUGCUCGCAAAUUCUUUGAUCUUCAAGACAUGUUGGGUUUCGAUAAGGCGAGCAAGACCAUUGAAUGGCUUAUCUCCAAAUCAAAGGCCUCCAUCAAACAAGUGAAAGAAAGUGCAGCGGCAUCAGGAAACCAUGAACAUCUUCAGGUUAGUGACAAUGUAAAUGACGAGACACAGAAAGUCUCAAAGGGAAGAACAAAGAGGGUGGACGACUCUUGUAAGAAGAAACAGUCGAGAGAGAAAGCUAGAGAACGAGCAAGAGAGAGAACAAUGACGAAGAUGAAGAUGAGAUUAUCAGGACUGAUUGACACCUCGAAAACAUUUGCAGAUCCUAAUCAAGAGUCAAGAAAGACUAAGAUAAUCGGUGGUGCACAAGAAAGAGAAAACCUAGAACAAGAAAGGAGUAUUAUAGAGAAGUUUCUUGGACUAACCAGUGAAUCUAGCUCCUCUACCAUCUUUGGAGACUCCGAGGAAUCUUACACAAGUCUUGGCUCAAUUAGAGAAACAGUUUCAACAACAGGAAUGGUGAUACCAAGGGAACAUAACACAACUUCAACAGCAUCAGUAGAUGAGGAGAGAAACCCUAUUUCAACUUUUUCUCUAUACGAUUAUCUCUGCUACUGAUGAUCAUGAUGCUCCGUUCUUAUAAGGUAUUUGGAGUUUCUAUAUGCAUCCACAUAAGAGCCUCAUGAGCCAAAUCUUUCGCAUAUAUAUAAUUAUAAAUGUAGACGUGUGUGUAUGUGUGUGUGUGUGGGUUUUGACUGCUAAUUUGGCUGAGGCUUUGGACUGCUUGAUUGAUGGAGAAACUUAUAUUCAAUAUUUGUGGUUUUAAAUAAUUAACUAUUUAGCAAGUUUCUACUCCGGCCUUGAUAUCAAUUUAUUGUUGUUUUGCCUUCUGUAGUUGGUUACCUUUCUAAAUGUCAGUAUAGGAAAUUUAAAAAGUUAUGUCACAAACGCACCGUUAAACACACAGCAUAUGUAACAUAUAAAUUAUGAUGAUAUAUGGUGGCUUACAUACUGAUUCAGUGUUUGAUUGGUAUGCACAAUCGUUAGUCUUUAGAUAAAGAAACUUUUAUUAACCACAUUUCUGGAUGUGUAAAGCAACAAUUAGAUGUUAGGUGGUAUUUAGAUAUAUACCAUCAGUGGCGGACCCAGGAAAAUAUUUAACCUGGGUCAUAAUUUAUAUGGGCCUAGGACAAGAAAAAUUUUACUUAAAAUUAAAGAGAAAAAAUAGGAUGUAGGACGCACCUCGAACUCGGAUAAGGGGUGUCAGAGGAUAAACAACGUUACCAUUUGAGUUGCUGUCUACUAUUGAACACAGCGUAAAAAUCAAAGUUUUAUAUUUAACCUGUGUCAGUUGACACCCCUUUCGACAACGUGGGUCCGCCUCUGUAUACCAUGCAUCUUUGGUGAAUCUUGCAUGUAUAUUCAUCGAGAAAUAUUACCUGUUUCUCUAUAUAUUUUUUCUAAUUUGUUAUUGUUCUAUGACUGAAUUGAGAAGGUGCUUUCCUAUAAACUCAAACAAUUCUUAUUGUAAAUUGCCAUCGCCAUCAAUCCUGUCGACUGUUCCUCAACAAUUGUCGUGAUUUAUUUUCAUAAACAUUAUGUCAAGGCACUGGAAGCAGUUAUAUAAACUAGCCAGUCACCCAUUAAUUAUUUGAAUUGGAUUGGGCGAUAUAAAUGAGUAAUGUUUUUAGACGGUUUAGCCGUUAGACAAUUGUUUUUCAAUUUUUGUUGGCCUAUUAAGAAAAUAUUUUUCUUAUAAACUCAAAGAACUUAAAAAGGAAAAUAAACUUUUAGCCACUCCAAAAUAAACUUUUAGCCACUCCAACUUCCAUCAUGUCAUUUUCUCCAAACUCUCAAACAUUGUGUUUUGACCUUCUUGAGUUGGGUGCAGUGGUAUCAACGGAUCUACAGUAGGUUCUUUCUUAUAAAAGAAUACACCUUAAUUAAGUAAUUUUGUUUGUGAUUAUUUCCUUUUUAUAAAUUUUGAUUUGAUUUGUGUAGUUCUGGAAUAUAACUUGUACUAUUUACAAUAUUAAUUACUUCUAUUAUAUUUAUACUACUAUAAAAUGAAGUUGUUCCAUUAUGUAGAUAUUAUAUAAUAUUUCCUGUAUACUUAAAAUUGCUGAUACACAUGUUAAAUGCAUAUUUAAAUGUUUUAUUUUCUGAAAACAUUGUAUUAGCAUCGGUUGUAAGUAAAAUGUAGAUUAAGUAUGCAGAAACUUUAUAAAUACAGUAAAACUUCCAUGAACUAAUAAUUGAUCUUUUAAAAGAAAAUUAUUCAUAAAGAUAUUAAAUAAUUGAAAUAUUAUAAUCUAUAAAAAUAUUUUUCCAUACUUAUAAAAAUAAAGUUAUAUUAAAAACUAAUUGCAUCUUUUAAUAAAAGUAAAUACAUAAACUUAAAAUUAUUGUAAACACUAUCUAUCUUAAAAACUUAAAGUAAAGUCUUUCCGUCUCUCUGUUAAAGACUUUCUACAGGAAGGUAUGUUGUCCACCGAAGAUGAAACAUUUUCUAUGGCAACUGGUAUUAUGAUGUAUAGCGGUAAAGAAAAAUUUAAAAGCAAGAGGAAUGCAAAGAGACACAAUUUGUGCACGCUGUGGAGCAUCUGAGGAGUCCAUCAAUCAUGUGUUUUUUUAGUGUUCACCGGCGGUUCAGGUUUGCGCACUGUCAAGAAUUCCGUCGAAUCCAAAUAUUUUCCCCACACAAUCACUGUUUGCAAACAUGGAUCAUCUAUUUUGGAAGGUUUUCCAGUGAUGGAAGAUCAUCAAUUUGCGUAGAUCUUAUGGUAUAUAUGGAAAGGACGAAAUAAUAAAGUUUUCAGCAAUUUGGAUAUUGAUCCGAGGGAUACUCUCAAAUUGGUAGAAACGAAGUUUGUACUUUAGAUUGAGGCACAAAGUUCUCUUACACAGGGAAUAGAUCAAACUCGCCCACAAGUAACAGCGAUAGUUCCGACUAUCUCAGGUAUAUGGUGUUUUACGGAUGGAUCAUGGAAAGAUCAGGAUAAAUUUUCAGGACAAGGGUGGUAUAACACAAUAGAAGGAUUUGAUGGUUUAGUGGGAGCAAAGAAUACACGUGCGAGCCAAUCUCCACUUCAUUCGGAGAUGGAAUCUCUCAUUUGGGCAAUGGAAUGCAUGAGGAAUCUACAACCGUUUUCUUUUACAUUUGUAACGGAUUAUUCUGAGUUGAUGAAGAUGGUUUCGGAACCAGAAGAAUGACUAGAUUUUGCAAAUUAUUUGGAAGACAUCAAUGUCCUGAAGAGAAGUUUUAAUAGCUCAGAACUCAUUCAUAUACCACAGACGCAGAAUUAAAAAGCGAACAGUCUAACACGCAGUGCAAAAAGACAACCGUUUUUUAUUGCUGACAGAAAAGAUCUUCAAAACA